AUGGAAGAAAGAAAUGUUCGAGGGUGUAGCAUAUCAGAUAGUCUUAAAAGUAAAACGGAUUUGAAAUUGCCUCUAAAUGAGUUCAUUAAAAUUAAUUUAUUAUUUCUUGCUUUGAAUAGAAAAGUGUUCUCUUUCUCGCCCACCAACUUCCAUCCCAGACUAAGAAGAAAAGUUGCAUGA